AUGUGGCUAGAACAUCCUACUUUUAUGGAAGUGGUGAAAAACAGUUGGUCAGAGGAAAUUCAUGGUGAUGUUCCUUAUAUUUUCAUGACAAAGUUAAAACAUCUCAAGCAUAUUCUUAAAAAAUGGAAUUGGAAAGUUUUUGGUGAUGUGAAAUUAGAAUUCCAAGAAGCAGAAGGCAAUGUUAAAGCAAAAAUGAUACAUUCUGUUGCUCAUCCUCAUAAUGAACAAGCUUUGGAAGACUUAGUUGCUGCUCAAAAUGAAUUUAAUUCAAGGGAAGUACAAUAUAAUACAAUGCUCAAGCAAAAAUCCAGAAUUAAAUGGGUCAAAGAGGGUUCAGCCAAUACAAAUUUCUUUCAUACUAAUAUCAAAAUUAGGCAAACAAAAAAAUUUAUUUUGGAGUUGGAAGAUGAUAAUGACAACUUGAUUUCAGAUCAAAAAAAGAUAGCUGAUACUCUAGUUGACUUCUUUGAAAAAACAUAUCAAUAUCAGGAAGUUGAAGUUAAUGAUUCUAUUCUUGAAUCAAUUCCAAAAUUAAUAACUGAAAAUGAUCAAUUUAUGCUAGAAGUCAUUCCAGAAGCAGAUGAGAUUAAAGCAGCAGUAUUUGAAAUUGAUGGAGAUAGUGCUCCUGGUCCUGAUACCUUUUCAGGUGCUAAGCAGCCUAAUCAGUUUAGGCCUAUUGGCUUGAGUAACUUUAGUCUUAAAGUUUUCACCAAAAUCUUAUCUAUGAGAAUGGCCAGCUUGAUGAACAAAUUAGUAUCUCCACAACAAGUGGCAUAUAUCAAAAGCAGAAGCAUUCAUGAGCAGGUACUCUUAGCAUCUGAGCUAGUAAAUGAAAUGAAAAUGAAGAGGAGGGGAGGAAAUGUCAGCCUAAAACUUGAUAUCACUCAAGCUUAUGAUUCAGUAAGCUGGGUUUUCUUAUUCAAAGUUCUUCAACAAUAUGGAUUUUCUAUAGCUUGGUGUAAUUGGUUAAAAGAACUGUUGUCUUCUGCAAAAAUCUCGGUUAUGGUCAAUGGAAGACCAAAUGGCUUUUUCUCAAUGCACAGAGGUUUAAAGCAGGGUGACCCAUUGUCUCUCAUUCUUUUUGUUUUGAUGGAGGAGGUUUUGAGCAAACGAUUACAAAAUAUGGUGGAGAAGAAUAAAUUACAACCAAUGAUGGAUUUAACUUCAUUUCCAGAUAAAUACUUGGGGGUGAUUAUUCAUUCAGGAAGAAUUAAAACAGCUACUGUAUGGCCCAUGGUUGAAAUGAUGCAAGACUAUUUGGCAGUUUGGAAAGGUAAGCUCUUAUCUUUCCAUGAUAGACUGGUUCUGAUCAAGUUUGUUCUGAGUAGUAUUCCAAUAUACAAUAUGGCUGUAUACAAAUGGCCAUGCUCUGUAAUUAAGGAAUGUGAAAAAAUAAUGAGGAACUUUCUUUGGUCUGGUGAUGGAGAAACUAGAAAGUUUACUACCAUUUCUUGGAAAAGGGUUUGUACUCCUUUUGAUGAAGGAGGUUUGGGUAUUAGAAGACUUUCUGAUCUCAACAAGGCACUAUUAAUGAACAUGAUGUGGAAUCUCUUAAAUUCUAAGGAAGAAUGGGCAAUGUUUUUUGCAGUUAAAUUCAAAGAUAAGAAUGGACAAUGGAUAUCUCAAUGGAAACUUUCUUCAAUGUGUCCAGGUUUAAAAUGGGCAUGGAAAUCACUCAAAACAAAUAUCAGAUGGAUUAUUGGUACUGGACAUCAUAUCUCAGUUUGGUUUGACACUUGGGCUGGUGAUAGUCAUAUAAUUGAAUCUAUUGGUUUCACUAAUUAUGUCAAAAAUAAUAUUCAAAUGAAAGUAACGGAUUUAUUACAGAAUGGUAGAUGA